GGUGUGGUGUAUUGAUGGUGUGGUGUAUUGAUGGGAUGGUGUAUUGGUGGGAUGGUGUAUUGGUGGUGUGGUGUAUUGGUGGGAUGGUGUAUUGGUGGGAUGGUGUAUUGAUGGUGUGGUGUAUUGAUGGGAUGGUGUAUUGAUGGUGUGGUGUAUUGAUGGGAUGGUGUAUUGACGGUGUGGUGUAUUGAUGGGAUGGUGUAUUGGUGGGAUGGUGUAUUGGUGGGAUGGUGUAUUGGUGGUGUGGUGUAUUGGUGGGAUGGUGUAUUGGUGGGAUGGUGUAUUGAUGGGAUGGUGUAUUGAUGGUGUGGUGUAUUGGUGGGAUGGUGUAUUGAUGGUGUGGUGUAUUGGUGGUGUGGUGUAUUGAUGGUGUGGUGUAUUGAUGGUGUGCUGUAUUGAUGGGAUGGUGUAUUGACGGUGUGGUGUAUUGACGGGAUGGUGUAUUGGUGGGAUGGUGUAUUGGUGGGAUGGUGUAUUGACGGUGUGGUGUAUUGGUGGGAUGGUGUAUUGAUGGUGUGGUGUAUUGGUGGUGUGGUGUAUUGAUGGUGUGGUGUAUUGGUGGGAUGGUGUAUUGAUGGGAUGGUGUAUUGGUGGGAUGGUGUAUUGACGGGAUGGUGUAUUGACGGUGUGGUGUAUUGACGGUGUGGUGUAUUGACGGGAUGGUGUAUUGAUGGUGUGGUGUAUUGAUGGCAUGGUGAUGUAUUUUCUUUUGAAAUAUGAAGUCCCUGAUUUACACAACAGCCAAUAGUGUUGGAGAUACGCCAUGCCACACCCCCACUUAAUCUAAACAAACCUGACAGAAGAUUAAUGAGCUAGCUAAAUAUGGUGAGCAGUGAAGCGUUUAUAACCAGAGAGUUUUUUCCAGCUGUGGAGGAUUUCUCAGCCCCGCCUUCAGCCACGCCCCCACACCUGUCCACUUUAACGAGGUCGGCUUUAAUCUUAGAUAAUGAGACAGUGUGAGAUUUUGGAGUUUUGGGGUAUGUGUUUGAGGCGAGGUCGAGGGUAAGCGUUGCCGAUGGUGACAGAGCCACAGGGUCGUCACCGGGAGACAUCUGACGCAUCUGAGUGGGAGAAAAAUAAUAUUACUGACUCUUACUGAUGGAGGUGGGGUGUAAAGGAAUCACGCUUAUCUCCAAAACUACUAUUUCCUUUUUUUUCUUUUUUCUUUUUUCUUUUUUUGUGGAUAUUUUGUUGUGUUGGUGUCCAUAAAACCAAAAAGCUUUGAAACACAUUUUUUUUAAUUUCAGGGUCACGCGCUUGUGACCCUUUUGGGGUUCCACAGUGGAUCAGAACGUCUCCACGUGCUCUGGCGGAACCGACCAAUCACAGAGCAGAACUCUUUCGCAAGCGCUGGAGGAGCCGGCCAAUCCCACAGCGGAAGUCUUCUCACGAGCGCUUCUUGGGUUGUCCAAUACGCAGCGUGUCAGACCUGAGGCAAGGGCGGGGCGUCGCAGUGGGCGUGGUUUGGGAGGAAAGCCGAAACAAGGCGUGUAUAGCCGGUUGUAGAGACACGGCGCGCGCUCAGGUUUCUCCGCCUCCGUCUGCAGCUGUUUCAUGAGCGCUAGAGGAGACACACCGCUGCGGAAACGUGUGAGAGAACCUCUGAGAGAACCCAGAAGAUCCUGAUCCUCUCACCUGAGCUCCCGGCGCACGAGCCUCACAAAGAUGACAUGGCGUCCUCAGUACCGCAGCUCAAAGUUCCGUCAUGUGUUCGGUAAAGCCGCCACUAAGGAGAACUGCUACGAUGGAGUGCCAAUCACCUGCAGUGUCCAUGACAACCAGCUCUGCGCCGUCAACCCGCGAUUCCUCGCCGUCAUCACGGAGUGUGCAGGGGGCGGAGCUUUCCUCGUCCUCUCCAUCAGUCAUACAGGGAAAUUGGACCCCCAUCACCCAAGGAUCUCUGGUCACAGAGGGAACGUUCUGGACGUCAAGUGGAAUCCGUUCAACGAUUUCUGCAUAGCUUCCUGUUCAGAGGACGCGACGGUGAAAGUGUGGGAUAUUCCUAAACAUGGUGUUUUGAAGAACAUCACAAUUCCAUGGAAGGAGCUUCAGGGUCACUCACGCCGAGUCGGACUCAUCGAGUGGCAUCCAACCGCCAGUAACAUCCUGUUCAGUACAGGCUAUGACUACCAGGUGAUGGUGUGGAACCUGAACUCACCUGAGCAGGUGAUUAAGAAUCCGGUGCGUUCCAUCAGCAUUCACACAGAUGUGGUUCUCUCCAUGUCCUUUAACACAGACGGCAGUCGCAUAGCCACGUCGUGUAAAGACAAGAAGAUCCGCAUCAUCGACCCGCGCACAGGAACACUGCUGCAGGAGACCAGCACAAAGAUACACAGAGCCAGUAAAGUGAUGUUUCUGGGGAAUCUGAAGAUGCUGCUGUCGACGGGGAACUCUCGCUGGAACCAUCGGCAGAUUGCCCUGUGGGAUCAGGAGGACCUCUCCCAGCCAUCGUUUCAGGAAGACCUGGAUGGCUCCUCGGGUGUGUUGUUCCCUUUUUACGACCCUGACACACACAUGCUUUACAUAGCUGGCAAAGGAGAUGGAAAUAUCCGAUAUUAUGAAAUCAGCUCGGAGAAACCAUAUGUGCACUACCUGACUGAAUAUCGCUCUCUCCUCCCACAGAAAGGAAUGGGUGUGAUGCCGAAGCGAGGGCUGGAUGUUUGCUCCUGUGAGGUUUUCAGGUUUUACAGACUGGUGACCACAAAGAGUCUCAUCGAGCCACUGUCCAUGAUCGUCCCACGCAGGUCUGAAUCCUAUCAGGAGGAUAUUUACCCGAUGACGGCUGGGAAGGAAGCAGCCAUGACAGCGGAGGAGUGGCUGAGUGGCAUGGACAAAGGGCCAGUGCUGGUGUCCCUGAAGCCGGGCGUGGCCACUAAGGUGGAGCUGGAUGAGGAUGAGGAACCGGUGAAAGCUCCGAGUGUUCAAUUAGACACCCGACGGUCUCAGAGUCGACCUGGUCUUCAGCAGCUUACCUUCGCUGAACGCCAGAGGAACAUGGAUGAGGAAAGACAGGAAGUGAAGAAAGAGGACAGGAAGGAACAGAACUUCUCUGAGACCAUUGCUAAUGGACAGCGAGACAUCACACUCUGCUCACCGCCUAAAACUGAAAACGAGCUCUUGCAGCUAUAUUAUAAGCAACAGGAGGAGAUCCGGCGGCUCCGUGAGCUUCUCGGUCAGAGAGACGUUCGGAUAAAGCAGCUCGAGCUCGAGAUAAAAAAUGUCAGGAACUCCCGCUGAGGAGGGGGAUAUACACACACACACACACACACACACACACACACACACACACACACAGAGGACCUCAAGCUGCCUAAACCUGCUUUAAUCAUGGAACACUGCGUCACUUUUGUACAGCUUUGUGCGUAAAUGUGGCUUCAUUUAGUUUCGCUUUGUUUUGUUUUUUUUACGCCUCACAGCUAUGCAAGGUUAUUUUUAAUCAUUUUUAUUUUGGAAAAAAGGAAUGAUGUGCCUGUCUUAGAUAAUGCGUUCAGGUGUUUUAUGUCUGCGAGCGUGCGCGUGUGUGCGCGUGUGUGCGUGUGUGUGUGCGCGUGUGUGCGUAUGUGUGUGUGCGUGUGUGUGUGUGUGUGUGUAUUAAUCUCCAGGUAAGACAUGAUGAUGAUGAUGAUACACUGUAUGAAUGUGUGUGUGAGUGAAAGUGCUGUAUGAUAAAGUUACGGGUAUCUCACAGCGACACGCUUUACUUCUCUCUUAUUUAUUUUCUUGUGUUCCGCUUUAUGUAUUAACUCUUCUUUUGUUUUUUUUAAAAGCCAGUAACCAAAAAAAGAGCAAAAGAUAAUUAAGAAGCCUGGAACUGUAGCUGAAGAUGUGAUGAUUGUUGUGAAAGAGCAGCGCAGGGUUUAGGAUGGUCUUCUCACAGCGCUGAGCUGCGCUCGCUUUUUCUCAAACUUGCUUUAAUUCAACACACUGCCGUUUUAGAAAAGAAUCUAAUAAAAUAAUAUAUGUAAAAUAUUUUAAACCAUGACCAACACUUCCAGUAUACAUGUCCGUGAUCCUGCAAUAAUGUUUUAAUAAUUCUAUUAAUAAUGUUAUGUUUUCACGUGUUUUCACGUGUUUUCACGUGCUCUGAUGGUUAUAUUACACUGGAUUCUGUUUUUAAAACAUCACUUUUCUCUUAACUGGAUUUUUUUUUACUACACAUUUACUUAUUUUUAUUUUGAUUAGCUCCAUUAAUAUUUGUAUCCAUUUUUAGUUCACUGUUUGGAUAUGAAUAAGAAUUUAGACUGGAUUUAUGGCUUGUGUAUAACGAGGGAACACACGUUUAGGAUUUCUUUUUUUAAGUAAUUUUCAGUUGAUCACCAUGUUUCCCACAACUGCGAGAGAGAUUCACUUUAAUCUCUCUCUCUCUCUCUCUCUCUCUCUCUCUCUCUCUCUCUCUCUCUCUCUCAGGUUACUGUAUCACCUGUUUUAUUAGCACAUCUUCACUCUGGUCUAAAGUUUAUUAAUAACAGCUUUAUAAGAACAACCUCUGUAGGCUUUGUAGUGUUUAUUCUGCCUGGUGUUUCUCACUCAUAACACAGUUACAGUUCACCUCAACAUUAAUAUGCGAGUGGCUCAGGGUGGAGUUUUCAUUUAGGUUAACAGUUUGCUACAUUAAAGAGAGCGAUGCGGCGGUGCUUUAGUCCUGUGUUCUGUAUUCAGCUCUCUCACCUCCUCAUCUGUAAACUCUGCUCAAAUAAACCAGCUUCAAAGCUUCGACUUUCGCUAACACCGCCAUCGCACUCACCGUCUCGUAGCCGAGCCGCAUCUCGUAGCCAUGCCGAGUCUCGUAGCCAAGCCGAGUCUCAUAGCUGCGGUGCAUUCUGGGACUUUGAGCUCUAAAGUGGCAGUGACUUCUACACUGGAACAUUGUGAUUGAGAAAAGAAGUAUUGUUUUUAACAGCGAAGCCUGACUGUGAACUUUUUUCUCCUAUUAAACUCCAUCGUAACUCCAUUUCUCAC